GUCGUGGGAGAGUGAACGUGGAGCACUCCGAGCAAAAUGUUUAUCGUUGCAGAAAGAUAGUUACAAUAUUUCAAUGGUGCUUUGCGUGCGUCAGCUGUUACAGAAGAUGAAUGUCAUCUCGAGCAAGAUUCCACGGGAGAAGGUGGAGCGGGCUGUCAGUGUGGUACUGCGGGUGCCGUCACUGUUCAUCGUGGAGGUCUGGUUCAGAGCUGAUCCUCACAAGGCCAUAGAUGUCAAGACUAAAGACGUGGAACUUAUCAUCACUUGUGUUUCCUACCUAGCCCUGGUCCUGGCAGUCACUCUAGCAACCUUACCCCUGAAGAAAUUGGUCAGCUUCUACAUGUAUUUAGUGAGCAGCCUGCUUCUUCUUGGAGCUCACUUCCUCUCACAGUCCUUUGUGGCCUCGGAGCAGCAUGCGAUGGAAGUAGGCCCCAUAUCUGUGCUGGAUGACAAGGCUUCCUUGCAGCGAUUGGUUCUUCACUUGGCAGCACAGUGCUUCAUAGCUGCUCUCAUCACAUAUUUAAUAGAAAUCAAGACAUGGACUAAAUAUGCCAUGUUGGUGUAUGCCGCUCCCAUGCUAGCACGGCUUGCAGGGUUACCUGCCCUUGAUUUACCUGCUAUUCACAGUUUUUCAACGGCCUUUACAAUUUUCCUCUACAUGAUUUUUAUGUUCAACAAACUAGGCUUCAUGCUGGACUUUGCCAAAGAUGGAAUGAGUCAGGUGUUGGUGGCCCUACGAGCGUUUGGCUGGAUGCCUGUCCUGGUGGCCUUCUGGCACAUGAUAAUGCUGCCUGCGCAGCUACUGCUCUUCUGGCUGAUCCUGUUUGCCACCCAGCUGUACGUCUACCUGUCCUCGGAGAACCAUCCGGUGGUACAGGAAGGCUGGGUUAUCCUGCUGCUAGCCAGUAUUGGGGAAUGUUGUGCCACGCCAAUCAGCCUAUUUGCACUCUGUGUCACCAUCUCCUAUGCCUCUUAUUUCAUCCUUACACUGACAAAGAUGUACCUUCAGGGAUGGGAUGCCAUGUUCCACGAUAAUGAUAUAAUGCGUGGCUGGACAGAAGGGUUCACUAUGUUGCUGAUCGCUGUCCAGACUGGGUUGCUUGACCUGCGUCCCCUCCAACGCGCCUUCCUGAUGAGCAUUCUGCUGUUUAUUGUGGCCUCGUCCCUCAUCCAGUCCAUGUAUGAAAUAACUGACCCCGUGUUACUCACUUUGAGCGCCUCUCACAGUAGAAGCCAUGUCAAACACAUCAAAGCCAUCACGCUGUGCACUUUUCUGUGGGCCUUCCCAUUGUACAUGAGCUACAGCAUCUGCCACUAUUUUGACCUUGACUUUUGGCUGCUGGUUAUUGUCUCUAGUUGUCUACUGACUUCAGUUCAAGUAGUGGGAUCUUUGGUAGUCUAUGCAUUGUUCAUGUAUGAUGCUGUGAGACAAGAACCAUGGGAACUUCUGGAUGAUGUGGUAUACUAUGCCAGGUCUGUGACUCGUGUCAUGGAGUUUAUCAUAGCUGUGUUCAUUGUAUGCUAUGGUAUCGUGGAAUCCCUGUUUGGAGAAUGGAGCUGGAUAAACUCCUCAAUUCUCAUCAUCCAUUGUUACUUCAAUGUGUGGCAGAGGCUUCAAUCUGGCUGGAAAAGUUUCUUGCUGAGGAGGGAAGCUGUGAAAAUGGUGGGCUCACUUCCCAAUGCCACGCCUGAACAGCUACAAGAACUCAAUGAUGUAUGUGCUAUUUGUUAUCAAGAAAUGAGCAGUACAGCCAAAGUUACCCCUUGUGGCCACUUCUUUCACGGAUUCUGUUUGCGUAAGUGGCUCUAUGUGAAGGACGCUUGCCCGAUGUGUCACUACAAACUGUCGCCGAGUUCUACUGCUGGGGGUGGGGAUCCUCCUCAUUCACACAGAGAUGCUCACCCUGGGGGAGGGGACCAGGAGGGGCUGCUGUUAGUGCCACACCCAGGUGAAGGUGCUGGAGUAGUGGGACACAGAGACAGUGCUUGGGCAGAGCAGACUGAAGGAUCUAGUCAAACCCCUAGUGCUGAGGGUGUGAGGGAGCUUGGAGCAGCGCCUUAAGUGGGUCACCAGGGUGCUAUGUUCAGUGCUCCAUUCACACUGAUCUCCCAACACUCCUUGACUAGUGCACAACCUUUCACAUCAGACCCGCUAAUAUAUGACUCUGCUGAGGACAGUUUGUCCAUACUCUCAAGUGGGCUAUUCUUGGGUGUCAGGUAUUCUCUGUGUAGCAAGCUAUUUUUUAAUGAAAUUUUAAGCGUGUUUUGAUUAGAAUGUAGUGGUAAUGACAGAUUAAUGACAGAUCAUCUUUAAUAGUGUGAGCAUUUCUUAAACUGGGAUUAAAUUCUGAUCAACUUCUGCCUCUUUACUUGAAAUGAAACAGAAUUAGUUAACCAUGUGUCGGUUUGGUAUUUUCAGAGUGAUCGUUCUUGUAAUUGGCUAAGUUUUUACAUUGUGUCUUCCAAGGAUGUUCAAGAAUCAAAUACCAUUGAUGCCUGUUGCUAAUCUUUGAGUAUCAAUUUCACAGUACUUAGUUUGAUAUGUAUGAGGAGUGUAAAAAUUCAUAAUUAAGUUUAAAUGCAAGAGCCAAUGGUAAUAACCAUAUCACGUGAUCUUUUGCAGGGUAGUCAUUUCUUGGCUUACUAGUAUUUUAUUCCGAAUGGUACCUAUUCUUGCUGCAAGCUUGUGUUUCCUCCCAGUUCCUCUUAAAUGUUUAACAGGCAAGUGUUUUUGAUUAUUAUAAGCAGCCACUGGUUAUUAAUAUGCAUGUUUAAACACCUGCAAGAUAUUUUGUGUAGGGCCUGUUAAAAUAAAGAAAUUACAUACAGUUUUUCUUCUUGGAAACAAGAUGCAUUAUCACUGAAAUGAAGACUUUGCAAAAGUCUACAGGCAAUAAAAAGUCGAUUUUAUAACGCUGACGAAAGCCUGGCACUGCGCUUCUAUAAAAACACACGAUAGGCUGGGCAGUUGAUUCCAUUCAAGAUCAGUGCAUGUGAUUUGAAAUCAUCUCAUCCAAGUCUUGUUUUGUUGCCUGACCCAUAAUAUGACGGCACUACGAUGGAUUAUUUUGUUUAUUUAGAUUUCAUGGGAACAAUGGAGUGUCUUUCAUACGGUACAUAAAAUGACAUUAAUUUUUCUUAUUUUUGUGCAAUCUUGGGGUCGUGAGAAUAGAAAUAUCCAUCAUAGACAUGGAGAAAUAAUUCUUAUAGAUCCGUCUUUGUACAUAGCAUGGCAGCAACUCUUCAACACACAUGUAGAAAACAGAGGUUAAUAAUUACACUAAUUUGUUAAAUGUUUAUACAUAAAACUUAGUUCCACAUGUUCAAGUGUAUAAUUAUACCUGUAACCAAACAGUGCCUUGAUUAUAACUUUUAAACUUUGUGUACAUUUAUGCAAGGUGCUACACAUACUUUGUAAUAAAAAACUUGUUAUAUGGUGUAUUGGACAAUAUUAUAUGUAUGAUUGAACUCUUAUGUUCAUGAUCUUCAUCCAAUGCCAAAUUAUAUGUAUAAAUUCUUAAGUAUUACUCAUGCUUUCAUCGCUAACUGUCAGAUAGGUGGAAUGUUUUUCAUAACAUUGCUGUAGACUACGUUCAUAAUAUUAACCUGUGAUUUAAAAUCUUCUCCUUCAAUGCUUUCAGGACAGGUCUUGUGCCUGAUUUUUUGUUGUUUUAAAAUGUCGUAGAACAUUCAGAUUUGUGAGCCGCAUUUUCUCCAAAAUAUUCUUAUAAUUUCUGGAAAACUAUGAAAUGAUUCUCUGUUUAGGAUAAUAUUACUGCAUGUUUUCAUUUGUUAUGCAACUUUUUCUUUGUUUAUUUUAUUUGUUAUUUGUUAUUUGUUGAGAUUGUUAAUUUGGGAAGUUCUCAUUUAUGUAAUUAUUGGUUGUUUAAGAAAUCUACUCCUGUUACAAAAUUUAUUUUGAAGUAAAAAUUGAAAAAUUUUGACUUAAUAAAACUUACACUUAAAAGUUGUUCAGGUAUUUGAACUGAUACUAAUAGCUGUCUCUAGUUGAUAUAUUAUGGACAUAAGUGAAAUGCAAAUGCUUUCCAGUAAAACAUAGAUUGAAUUACAUAUUUCAGGUUGUAUUAUUUCCUAUGUAAUACAUGUAGGUGUUAAAACAGUUACGUCAUGGAAAUUAUCAGUAUUAAAAUGAAAGGUUAUUGAAUGGGCAACUAUGUUGUAUUAGAGUUUUCUGAGAACAACUUCUCUGCAAGCUGGAAGUUCAACUCCAUACCACACACAUCUUAGUUUAAGGAUUAGUGUCCAGAUUUAGCUACUUGUCCUAGUUAGAAAGAUUAUAACCUGUUGAUACAGUAUGUUACUGGGCCUCUGAGAAACGUACUUAUGACUUUAAAUCCAACAAAAACAAUAGAUUUACCACCCUAACUGAUCUCCAGCCUCCUACUCUGUAAAGCUCAGCGGGUGACAAGUCUGGCUGGCCUACAUAACCUAAGAAUUUGUGUCAAAAAGAUGUCAUUGUUUAGAUGAAUUGUAGCUACACAGGAGCAAAAAUACUGCCCUGUCAAUUUGAACCCAUAGUGGACGACAUUGAAGUUCCGAUUUAUGACAGUGACAUCUCUAGCCAGACCUCAGUUUCUGAGUUUUCAGACGUUAACUUUGAUCUUUGUCCAGGCAUUUCCAACUGCACUGGCAAUACGGACUGGUAAGCUAUAGUUUACACUGUGUUACAGUGUCGGCCUACAUUUCGUGUGUUUAUCAGAUUUAAUAUUUACUAUUCUUCCCCUCUGCCGGCUUCACAAUAAGUAUCAUUCUUUUCCCCGAAUGAUUAUAAAUUCAUACCCGUAAAGAUUUAGGUUUUAGUCAACUGGGGCCCUCAUGAUGGCCAAAAUCAGCUGUAGUUUCUCCUGAAAAACAGUGACAGCAGAUACGGCUGUGUGGUGGGUAUAAAACCCUUCUGUUUUGUGCUGUGGAUCCAGGCCUUCCUGAGGGCUAAAAUCGUUUGGAAAAGAUUGGAAAGUUGGUUUGAAAAAACCAACUCAAGGGUCAUUCAACAAUAUAUUUUCACAACCGUUUCACAAGAACAGCAAACCAUUUCGUGGAGAAAUUUGAUAUGCUUGUGGUCACUUUUGUGGCUUUCUUAACACUGAACUAAAUGGUGAAGCUCUGACAGCUCGUAAAGGUUGGAGACUAUGGGUACUGAGUGUUGGCAUACAAAAUGCAUAAACCAAGCCUCAUUAUCAAGUGAUUUUAUUGAGAUAUUACUCUGAUUAAUGUACCGUUUUCAAUAUUUUUUUACACAAUUUAACAGUAUAUACAGUGGUAGCUAAUUGUGAAUAAAUAACCAAUCUGGACACUAAUCAUUUAAGAAGUACAGAUUUUCAAUUCUUCCAUGAGACUUACAAAUGUAUAACAUGGAGUUGAAACCAAAGAAGACAGUGUUUGGUUUUAUUGAAGGAAAGACUUGGCUACAGUACAGAUAUAAGAGGUUUUAAAUUUUUGAAUUGUGAUUUGAGGCUGAAGAAAGAAAACAUUCCAUGUAGAAGUGUGCUAGUGCUUUGAACAUGCUUGACUGAAAAGAAACUCUUGAAAAGAAAAUGUGAACAGAGCAACAUAUCAAAGGUGUGUGCAUUUUAUGCCAUGCACCUGUCAUGUAUGCAUUUUAGUUGUAUGUUGUGUGCAUUUUUGCAAAAUGAAUUUAUGAUAUUUUUGCUUGCUACUGCCAGCAGCUGGAUUUAUCUAUAUUGUGUGAAGAACAGUUUGAAUAUAGAAGUUUGGAUAGUUUCUGCAGUAGCAUUCAAUUUGGAAACCUGUAGCCCCAUGUAUUUCAUAUAUCUGUACUCUUAUGUGUGGUCUCAAUGUAGUUCUGUUUUGCGGAAUAAUUUUUACAACUGUCUAUAGCUAAAUAGGAAUAAUGUAUUUACCAUCCGUACCAUUACUGCUUUUUUGGUUCAGUGUCCUUUUAUUUAUUUUCGUCAUCUUUCCAGAAUGGUAGUUUAGCAUCAAUUUUACAAACCAAUUCCUGUAUGAGAAAAUUGCUCAAGAAAAAGCUAUUGACCAAAUGAAUAACAUUUCUCUGGCUAUGCGUCAACACAGAAUCAUUAAAUUAGAGAGAUAUUACUAGUAUAAUCUCUUGAUGAUCUUUAGUCUGGUUGUUCCAGUUAUAAAACAUGUUAAUCUUGGGUAGGAUAUAGUGGACAGUACUGUUGUGUACUGAUUAUGGUUUGAUAGUAUGAAUCAUUUAAAACAUAGAUCUAGGAAGAUAAGGGGACUAUACAAGACACGAUUUGAAGUCGGUUCAUUCGGCGAGAUUUAUGUAAAGUAGCCUACGAAUUUAUGAUACAAUAAUAUUACUGAUAUGAUGUGAUGCUGGUUUUAUUGUUGAUUCAAAUAUAAUUACUGAUGUUUUGUCAAAGUGUAAAAUUUGACUGAUCGCAUUUGUACGUGUACAUACAAAUAUGACUAUACAUGUACCUAAGACUUCCUCUCUAAGAUAAAACAAUAAGAAAUCAAA